AUGGAUAAAUCUGCAUUAAAAGCAGAUUACAUGCAGCAACUAUUCAAAGAGAUGACCAAGUGUGGCAUCUUCAAUCAAAUGCAAUCAGUUUUUUUAAAUAAUGUAACACAAGAAAUCGCAAAUUCGAAUAUUCCUGAAAUGAAAACAUAUAUUGAGGCACCAAAUGAUAAAGCAAACGAAUUAGCAUCACAAGUUGUUCUUCAAUUCCUUGAAAGAAAUGAAUUAUCAAAUACUUCACAAGCAGCAAAUUCAGAAUCUAACGGAUUUCUACAGAAAAGACAAAGCGAUUACAAUGUAUGCAAAGAGCUUGGACUUCAAGGAACCAAUAACCUACUGAGUGAGCUUGUUAAAGCGCAUGAAGAUGACUUUAACGAACCUUCAACUAUGGUUUCUGAUGCAGUUUCUACAAUUGUAUCACAAAUUCUUGAUAGCAUGGAUGAGUCCAUUCAGACUUCAUUACCAGAUGAAGAAUUUGAAGAUAUUUACAGAAUUCAACAAGAGCAAGCAAGAGCUAGAAACGUUGUUCUUGAAGAAAACAAACCAGAAGACGAAGAUUACGACGACGGAUAUGAAGAAGAGGAUUAUUAUUACGAAGAAGAUUAUGAAAGUAAACAAUAUGCUGAUGCUGGCGAAACAUUCAGAUCAGCACUUAAUAAAAAGCACGGUAAUGGUGAUGGUAACUCUUAUUAUGACGCAGAUUACGAUUAUGAUAAAGAUAUUCAAGAUCGGCCACUUGUUUCAUAUCAUUUCGUUAGUUCAAAGACUCCAUCAGCUGCAAGUACGAAUUCAGUUGAUCCUUCGCCGCUUUCACCAAACCAAAAUCCUCAAAAUACAAAUCCAACAGGAAUUACUGUACAAAGCGAAUCUAUUUCCUCAGGACCAAUCAAUGGGUCUCUUCCACAAUCCGUAAAAGAACUCAAUUCCGAUUCUUCAAACUUUACAUCGAUCGUCGGAUCUCAUACAACAACAAACGAAGGCUCAAAGUCAAAUCAAGAAUUCACACCUUAUACAUACGAAACAAUUACAGUCGAUACUACUCCUUAUACUUACGAAACUGUUACUGUUGACUCAUAUUCAGAAGCAGAUCCACGAGUUUCCAAUCGUCUCAACAGCAAACAGUUCACAACAGAGUACAACUACAACACGCAACCAGAUUUAUCGAAUUACAGACAAGUCGCUUCAUCAGAAGUCGAAGAAAACAUGUUAAACGGCUCUUUGACAGGUUCCGAGUCAAGUUUAUCCGAAAAUGGUCGUUCCAAAUCUAGAUCUAUUCAAAGAGGUCAUGAAUACGCAGGUACACGUGAUGGAAUUCCUCAGAAGCGUAGAUUGGAUGGACCACUAGCAUAUCUUGACAAAAGAACAGGAAGAAAGUCAUCAUUUGCUCCAGGAGCUGAAGGCGGAGAAUCAUUUAGUUCAAGUAAUUUCUCACCUUCAUCUGGUACAACAUCUGAAGAAAACGAAACAGAUACAACAAACGAUAAAAGCAAGACUAAGACAAGUGAAGAAGGAUUCUCUAUUCCAACAUCAGGAAACAAAUGGAUAUCUCCAUCUAAAUCUAAUACAAAUACAAAUUCUAAUUCCAUGUCAAGAUUCAAUAAAAAUAAUGAUUCUGAGUCAUCUUCACUUGAAUCUAUUGAUGAAAACAAUGGAAAGAACAAGAAACAGAGAUUACCACCUGUAAGGAUAAACAAUGUUAGAACAAGUGAUAUGAGUUCUAUUAAUACUUCUUCAACUUCUGAAUCAAAUAACAGUGAAUACACUGAUUUCACUGAUGAAAAUGGAAAUAUUGUACAUAGAAAAGUACCAAAGUCAAGGAACAAUAGACAUAGAGGUGGAAGCAGUGAUGAAGAAUAUGAAUAUACUGAUGAAACAGAUGCAGAUGGAAAUAUUAUCCGUAAAAAAGUUCAGAAAUCUCCAAAUUCAAGAAGAUCUCGUUCAAGAAACAACAGAAAUGGUGAUAGUAGUGAUGAUGAUUAUGUGUAUACCGAUGAAACAGACGCAGAUGGUAACAUUAUCCAUAAGAAAGUUCCUAAAUCAUCAAAUUCAAGAAGAUUUAAAUCAAGAAACAACAGAAAUGAUAAUAGUAGUGAUGAAGAUUAUGAGUACACCGAUGAAACAGACGCAGAUGGAAAUAUUAUCCAUAGAAAAGUUCCUAAAUCAUCAAAUGCGAAAAGAUCUCGUUCAAGAAACAACAGAAGUGACAGUAGUGAUGAAGGUUAUGAAUAUACUGCUGAAACAGAUGAAAAUGGUAACAUUGUCCAUAGGAAAGUUCCUAAAUCUUCAAAUGCAAAAAGAUCUAAGUCAAGAUAUCAAAGGAAUGGAGAUAAUGAUAGCGAUGAUUAUGAAUAUGAUGAUAACGAUGCAGAUGAAGAUGGAAAACCAACUCACAGAAGCAGAUCUGCUCCAUCAAAUUCAAGAACAAAUACAAAAGGAAAGAAAUCGAAGGGAAGAAGCAAAUUUGGUGAUGAUCCAUCGAUUGAUGAUGACUUUUCACAAUCAACAACUUCCAAAUCCUAUGAAAGCGAAAAUGAUAUUUCAAAUACAAGAAAUACAAAGAAAUCAAAGAGUGCAAAGUCAAGUGGAGCAGUUAACAGAUAUGGCUCACCAAUAAAACAUCCAGAUAAUGAACCAACUCUUGACGAUGACGAUUUUUCGCCUUCAGGAACAACAAGUGACUACGAAACAACAAAUACGGGAGAAGGAUCAAGAUCAUAUUCGACAGGAAAUGGUCCUAAGACUCCACAAGAAAGGUUUGCCAGAAGAGAAAAUUCAAAUAGUUCCGAAUUUACAAGCCAAACAACAUCUACUACACAAUCAGGCUCAACAAACUCCAAAGAAGCAGAAUCUAGUUCAUUUGGAGUUAUUCCUGAGCCAAGAAUGGUUAAUUACAACAAAGAUAAAUCUUCAUUAGCCAAAAUCAAGACAGUUAGCCCUGGAUCUAACAAAUAUGGCAAUGAACUUAACUCAUCAGACUUCGAUAACACUGCUUCAACAACAACAAACACUUCUUCAUCAACAAAUUCAAGUCAAAACAACCAAAACAACAUGAACAACACACGAAAGAACAAAUACAAGAAUCAGCAACAACUCUCGAGUGAUGAAGAACUUUCUUCUCUUCCUUCUACAUCAACAAAUUCAGCAAAUAAUUCUCCAAACAAGAAACAGAACAAAUAUGCUGCUAAAGAUAGCACAUAUGACUCAUCUAUGACAUAUGAAUACGAAACAGUUGAUGCUUACACAUACGAAACUGUUGAUUCUUCAAAUCUUUCUUCAGAACAUGAAAAGGGAACUUCCCCACCACAAAAAGUGACAUCUACUAAGAAAUCAUCGAAACCAUCGAAAUUCCAAAACAAGCAGAUGAUGUCAUCUGACUUAAUGAGCAACAUGACUGAUGAUUCAUCAUUGAUGAGUACAGAAUCUGUUAACAACGAAAACAUUGCUGCAAUGCCAUCAAGAUACAGAAAUAACAAAACUCCAAGUACAUCCCCACAGACAACGAAGCAAACAAACACAAACACGAAUGUUGCUUCAGGAUCUACAUUUGAUGACCAAUCUUAUAAUACCUCCAAUUCUUCGAACUCUCCAAACGUGAAGAAUUUGAAAUCACCACGAAGAAUUGAUUCAAGAGAACUCGAUGGAACUGUUUCAACAUCAGACUUCUCUCCUUCAUCAGGAUCAUCAUCUGCCUACGCUACUUAUUCAACAAUGGAUUCAUCAUCUCCAAAGAAUUCUCCAAAGACAAAUAAAGAGAAAUCUCCAAAGACAAAUAAAGAGAAAUCUCCUUCUCCUAAGAAAUUUGUCAACAAUAAUUAUAUGGAUGAUGUUUCUAUGGAUACAAUACCAUCAACGUAUGAUAGUGAAUCCAGUGUUGAUCCAAGACUUCCUUCGAGAUUAUCAAAAGGAACUGUUUCUAAGACAUCAACUUAUGAUUCAUCAACCCAAGAAAACCAAAUUGAAGAAGAACAAAAACCAACAAAAACAAGAAAUGCAAUCAACAACGGAAAACUUGUUCCUGUUGAAUUAUCAACAGAAGACUUUUCUUCAACAACAACAAAUACAAAUACAUCAACUACUUCUUCAUCUAAUUCUAAUUCUCCAAUUUCAAAACAUUUCACAAAAACAAAUGUUAAUAAUUCAUAUACAAGUGAUAUUUCAAGUGAAAUUAGUUUGGAUAAGACAAAUAAACCAUUACACAAAGCAAUAAUUAGUAAUUUAGAUGAAGAUGAUGAUGAAACAGAAAGUAAUUCAAGUCAAUUCCCUGUAAUUGAUGAGCCGCAAUUAGAUAAAUUAAGAAAGAGACAAAAUAAUGGAACUGUUUCUCACACAUAUACAACAGUUACUGCUGAUGAUUAUUCUUACACUUAUGUUACAGAUGACGGAAAACUUCAAACUCCUGAUUUCUCAAACACAUCAUCAAUUUCUUAUUCUUAUGAAAGUGAUUCAACAAAUUAUAAACAAAAGAAAUCAUCAGUUUCUAAUUCUUAUGAAAGUGAAAAUCCAAGAAAUUAUAAUCAAAAGAAAUCAUUAAUUUCUAAAUCUUUUGAAAGUGAAGAACCAAGAAAGACAAAGAAUAGAAGAAACAAUGAUGACAAUAAAAUAAUGACUUCAUUAAGUGAAAUGACUUCUUUGACAACAAAUACAACAACAUCAGAAAAUAAUUCUCCAAAGAAAUCAUUUACAAACAAACAAAUGAAACAAUUAGAUUCUGUUUCAAUGGAUGAAAUUUCAACAACUGAAUCAUCAGAAAAUAGAUUUAAUAAUCAAAAAUCUGAUGAUUCAACAAGUGAUGAUGAAAGCAUUGAUGAAAUAAUUAAACACAUUCCAUCCAGAUACACAAGAACCAGCAGCCAAACAACAGAUUCCAAAUCAAAUCCUGUUAGUUCAAGAUUCACACAACAAUUAUCAGAAACAGAAAGUGAAAGUGACAUUGACAAAUCAAUUGAUGAAUCAGACAAACUUCCUUCAAGAUUUAGAACAUCAUCACAACAAAAGAAACCACAAAAACAAUUCACAGAAACUUCUGAUUUCGAUUCAAGUUCAACAACAACAACAGAAACAAAUAAUAAUUAUCAACCAACAAGAAAAGAUUUCACAAAAAGAAAUGUUUCAUUAUCAACAAAUUCAACAACUGAUUCAUAUACAACAAAUGAUUCUUAUAAUAAUACAAAGAGUCAAACAAAGACAUUGAUUGAUGCAAUUGGUCCAAUUGUUACUAAAACAAUCUCAACUGAAUCAACAAAUACAAAUUAUACAACUUAUUCAACAAUUGCAAAUGAACCUCAACAACCAAAAUCAACAAAUAGAUUUGCUGUUAACAGCAAAUCUACAUAUGACAAUCCAACAGAAAUAAGUACAAACAACAGAUUUAAAUUACCUCCUGUUAAAAAUUUGACUUCUAUUUCAUCUGAAAUUUCUACAACAACUUCAACAACAAAUUCAAAUUCAAACAGACCUGUUCAAAAUAAAUUUAUACAAAGACAACAAGAAACAGAAUCAAAUUAUACAUAUACUACAACAGAAGAUAAUUUACCAGUUGUUGAACAAAAGAGAAAACCAAUUAUUUCUAAUCAAAAACAAAUUUUGACUGAUUUAAGUGAUUCAGAAAAUGAAGAAUCAACAACAACAAAUUCAUAUAAUUCUAUGGAAAUCGAACCACCUAAAUUUGUUGAUAAAAAGUUUGCUUAUCAGAACAGAAAUAUCAAUGACAAAGAAGAGAAAUUCAUGAGUGAAAUUGAUACAGAACCAAUGACAACAGAUUCUUCAAUUGAUUUACCAAAUCCAGAUCCAAGAAGAUUUGCUCAAAAACAAAAUAAUUCAUUCUCUGAUUCAACAUUUACAAAUGAAUCACAAGACAUCAACUACAACAAACCAGUUAAUGUCAAUAAACAAAAACAAACAAAACCAAUUAAUAAUAAUAUUUAUAAUAGUUCUUCGACCAAAGAUAAAAGUGACACAACCACUUCAACUUCUGUAUCUAGUUCAAUUUCUAAUGUUGUUGAAAAAGAUAAGAAAGAUCCAUUGAAAUAUACAAAUGCUUUAACAAAAGUAAGCACAGAUAUAUCAACAACUUCAACAUCAACAAGUUCAUCUCCAAUUAGAAAUAAUUUGCCAAAUAGAUUUGCUGCUAAAAAUGAUGAUUCUGAAUCAACAUUUUCUGAAACAAAUCCACCAAUUGAAAUUUCUGUAAAAGAAGAAAAACAAAUGAACAAAAAACCUAAAUCAAACAGAUUACCAUUGCCGCCAAAAGAAGAAGAGAUUUCUUCUGUUACAAGUUAUUCUUCUACUAAUAAUUCUUCAACUGUUGAACAAAAAGAAAAACCGAGAUUUGUUUCAAACAGACAAAUCGGAAAUCAAAUUUCAACUUUGGAUGAAGAAAUUUCAACUUUCGAAUCAAAUUCAUCAACAAUUGAUAGAAUUCCAAUCAACAAGAGAUUCAUUGCUAAACAACAAAAUGAAUCUUCAUCAAUGACAACGGAAUCAACAUCAAUUGCCGCUGAUAUAAACAAAGCACCAAUAAAUAACAGAUUUUUCUCAAAAUCAGAUUCAGAAAAUUCAGAGAGUUCUGAAAUUUCUGAGAAAAUACAAAAUUCAAAGAAGAAUUCUGUAUCUGACGGAUCAUCAUUAGUUUCAUUAGUUUCAAAGCCAAAUAACAUGAAACAAGUCACAAACCUUGAAACUAAUUUCACAACAUCAACAACAUCAUCAAUUGGAAUCAAUCAAAAAGAAGCAGAAAACAAGUUUGCAAAGAAAGAAGAAGAAACAGAUUCAUUCACUUAUAUGACUGUUUCUACUGAUUAUUCACAAGAGAAACAAUCUCUUCCUCCUCCACCGAAAUCUCUUAGACAAAAACAAAAGAAACAAGAUAAUUCUUUCACUUCUACUUAUUCAUCAACAUCAACAACAGAAGUUUCUGAUGAAUUUGAACCACAAAAAGAAAAGAAACCGAUGGAAAGAAAAGUUUUCAAUGGAGAAAUUUUGGAUUCUUCAGCAAUUGAAAUUUCUCAAACUUCUUCUACUUCGAAUUCCUUCGAAUUCGUUCCAAAGCAAAACUCAAACUUCCAGAAGAGACAAGAGCAAUCAAAUACAAAUACAACUACAAACAUUGAUGAAACAAUUGAAACACAAAAACAAAUUAAACAAAAAGUGACAAAACCAGAAGAAUUCAAACAAAAAGUGACAAAACUAGAAGAAAUUAAACAAAAGAAGUCACUUCCUCCACCACCAAAGAACAUUGAUACAACUAGUAGUUCUAAUAAUAUGAAUAUGAUUGGAACAAAUGAUUUAGAAUCAAUUGAAACAACAACAAAUGUUUCUAAACCGAAAUCUUCUUUACUGUCCGCUUUCCAGAAGAAAGUUCAAAGCGAAACAGAGACAGAAACAGAAACAACCGAAUCCACAAAAGAAGAAAUCCCAAUACAACCAAAGCCAGAACCAAAACCAAUAAGAGCUGCUCUUCAAUUAAAUGGAGAUGUAAAAAUUUUGGCUUCUGAUUCUUCUUCAUCUCAAAAAUCUCCCAAACGUAAACAACCUGAAACAAAGGUAACAACAGCCAAAUUGCCACCAAUUCCACAAGCAUUCCAAGCCCCAGUUCGAAGAGAGAAACCUGUAAUCAAAGGCGCCCACGUUUUUGUUUCUGAAAGUGACCAAGAAUCGAAUUCAAACACUUUCACAAACGAUCCUGCACAAAUACCAAACCAAAACACAGAGAAAUACAUCAAACGUCCAACAACUACAUCUACUACAACAAAUAUUGAUUCUACAGGUCCAAAGAAAGUUAAAAAGAAUUUGAUUGAUGCAAUAGAAGGUGGAAAAUUAAUAAAUGGAGAUGAAGAAGGAAUGUUUUCAACUAUAUCAGCAGAUACAUCGACGACUAACACGACACAAACAAUAGAUGAUAAUCCAAAGCCACAAACGUUUGUUUUGCCAGAUCCAGAUAAAGAAAGGAAACAAAACAGACAGAGAAGAAUGAGAAGAAGUGCUGAGAGUACAAUGGAUUCUUCUUCAAGUGAACAUCGCAUAAGAAGAAGAGAAAGACCUCAAGCACAAAAAGAACUUCCUAAAGUUCCUGAAGAGAUCAAAAAAGAAGAUGAUGAAGAAAAACAUGAACAAAUUCAACAGAGAAAUAUCAGGAGAAGAAGAAAUCCAGGUCCAACAGGUUUGGAUUCGAAUUUCUCUACACAACAAUCAACAACAAGUACUAACACAUUCACUGGAUUAGGAAAGGAUGGAAUUAUUAGACCAUCAAACAGAUUUAAGUUACAAUGGAAUCCAGACGAGGAUUCAAACAUCGAUUAA